AUGACCACAGACCAGUGGCUUAUCCAGGAACUGGCAUCGCGGCGCACUUUAUCUACGCCUGCUGGACAUUUCCAACCGUCUUUGCUUUGUAACCGAAGUCGACUCACUGAUAUUACCGCCGACUUCAAACGUGGUCAUCUCUUGGCCUACUUGGAGGAGAAGAGGAUCAAAGUGGAACGUCACGCCAUUCGUAACCUUCUAGGUGUGCUCGCUUACAGGCAAGAAAACGACCGUCAGGGCGCCUUGGAUUACUUCAAUCACAUCCUCUCUCCGGGAGAAGACCCAGACAACCUGAACGCCAUGGCCAACCGUCAUUUUGUGAUGUCUGCGUCCACAGGUGGAAUUCCCGCGGCUGCUUCUGAGCCUGAUUUAUCUACAGAAGAAGGGAAGUGUGCACAAGCCAGGAGAUACGCCGAACAAGCCUUUGCCCUCAUUGACGAAAAGAACAACGAUGCUAUCGAUUACGAGUUAUCCAGCAAAGCGCUCGAGCUUUGCAAUCAGGCAAUGGAGCUGGCGGGUCACCUCGUCGAUCUAGACGAGAGCAAUGAUUGGAAGUACCUGGCUGGAGAAGCCAGCUACGAGAUGUUACAGAAAACAAUGAGAAAAAUAGAGACACACGACGAGGCUUUUCAAGCUUUGGAGGAUGCUGUCUGGAGCUUUUGGACCAUAGCCGAAAAUCCAUCUGCGGAUGUCAACAUGAAAGGCUCUGCCUGGGUUCGGAUUGGUUUCAUUUUCCGCAGGGCAUCGGAAUGGGAUGUGCAGAUAGGAGACGUACCAGAAUCUUUAGCGGAAUUUAUCGAUGACCCGGAAAGAUGCGUGCGCAAGGCGAGGGAAAUAGCACCAGGUUCCCCUCAUGUUCUCAAUUAUCUUGCCUUUUUUCGUGGCAAAGCUGGUGAUGUGGAAGAAGCUCUGAGGCUUUACGAGGAGUCCAUCCGUCUGCCAAGCACCAACGAGAAUUUCUUCGCGUACUCAAGCAGGGCCGAACUCUGCCUCGAGGAACACAAACGUGCCGUCAGCGCAAAUGCUCCCGAUCGGAAAUACCUUGAUCAAGCCAAAGACGACUUGGAGUACAUCCUUACGAAGCACGAAACGCCAUGGGAUUAUGCGAUGCUGGCUGAUGUGUACCUACACAUGGCUAAGAUCACCAUCGACUCAGUAACAAGACAAGAGUACCUCACAAAGGCUCUGCACAAUUGUUUCAAGUCAGAGAACUGCCAGAGAGGCAACGAACGGCAGUUCCAACUUUACAAAAUCCGCGGACGAUGCCAGUGCUUACUCGGCCAGCAUAGAAGAGCAAGGGAGUCGUUCAGACUGGGAAUGAGAUGCGAAAAGAAAUUGGGCUACAAGUGGGGAGAAUGCGGAAGCCUUCUAACCGGUUGCAAAUAUCGCCAUCGUCUGGGAGACAAUUGCUAG